GCGACGCGAUUAAAUCUAGAAAAUUCUAGGUGGGGGAAGGGAAGGUUAUAAAAGCAAUUUCUGAACGGGAAGCCGCCAUAUUUCAGUGAUAUUUCGAGUUGAAAAGUUGUUUUUAAGUGAUUGUGAUUAUUGCAGCUGUAUUUUAUUAAAUAUUCAGAAUGCAGAUUUUCGUAAAAACCUUGACUGGUAAGACUAUUACCCUAGAGGUAGAACCUUCAGAUACCAUUGAAAACGUGAAGGCUAAGAUUCAAGACAAAGAGGGUAUUCCUCCAGACCAACAGCGUUUGAUCUUCGCUGGUAAACAGUUGGAAGAUGGACGCACUUUGUCCGACUACAACAUCCAGAAGGAAUCCACUCUUCAUUUAGUACUGAGAUUGAGAGGAGGAAUGCAGAUUUUCGUGAAGACUUUGACCGGCAAGACCAUCACUUUGGAAGUCGAACCAUCUGAUACCAUUGAAAAUGUAAAAGCCAAAAUCCAAGAUAAGGAGGGCAUUCCCCCAGACCAACAGCGUUUGAUCUUUGCUGGAAAACAGUUGGAAGAUGGUAGGACUCUUUCUGAUUACAACAUUCAGAAGGAAUCUACCCUUCACUUAGUAUUGAGAUUAAGAGGAGGUAUGCAGAUUUUCGUAAAAACAUUAACUGGAAAGACCAUUACCUUGGAAGUGGAACCAUCAGAUACCAUUGAAAACGUGAAGGCAAAAAUUCAAGACAAAGAAGGAAUUCCUCCAGACCAGCAACGUUUGAUCUUCGCUGGUAAACAACUAGAAGAUGGUAGGACUCUUUCUGACUACAAUAUUCAGAAGGAAUCAACCCUACAUUUGGUGCUUAGACUGAGAGGUGGUAUGCAGAUUUUUGUCAAAACUUUAACCGGCAAAACUAUUACGUUGGAGGUAGAACCUUCAGACACAAUUGAAAAUGUGAAAGCUAAAAUUCAGGACAAAGAAGGUAUUCCUCCAGACCAGCAACGUUUGAUCUUUGCUGGUAAACAACUAGAAGAUGGUAGAACUCUUUCUGACUACAACAUCCAAAAGGAAUCUACCCUUCACUUGGUACUGAGGUUAAGAGGUGGUAUGCAGAUUUUUGUAAAAACCUUGACAGGGAAAACCAUCACUUUGGAAGUGGAACCAUCAGACACCAUUGAAAACGUCAAAGCUAAAAUUCAGGACAAGGAAGGAAUUCCUCCAGAUCAACAGCGUUUAAUCUUUGCCGGCAAACAGUUAGAAGAUGGUAGAACUCUUUCUGAUUACAACAUCCAGAAAGAAUCUACUCUUCACUUGGUCCUGAGGUUAAGAGGUGGUAUGCAGAUCUUUGUUAAAACCUUAACAGGAAAAACUAUUACCCUAGAAGUAGAACCGUCCGACACUAUUGAAAAUGUUAAGGCCAAAAUCCAAGACAAGGAAGGAAUUCCUCCAGAUCAGCAACGUUUGAUCUUUGCUGGUAAGCAACUUGAAGAUGGACGAACUUUGUCUGACUACAACAUCCAAAAAGAAUCUACUCUUCACUUGGUACUGAGGUUAAGAGGAGGUAUGCAGAUAUUUGUAAAAACAUUAACUGGAAAAACCAUUACAUUGGAAGUGGAACCAUCCGACACCAUUGAAAAUGUUAAGGCUAAAAUUCAAGACAAAGAAGGAAUUCCUCCAGACCAGCAACGUUUGAUUUUCGCUGGCAAACAACUAGAAGAUGGUAGAACCCUUUCUGACUACAAUAUUCAGAAGGAAUCUACUCUUCACUUGGUAUUGAGAUUAAGAGGAGGUAUGCAGAUUUUUGUAAAAACAUUAACUGGCAAGACCAUCACUUUGGAAGUCGAACCUUCUGAUACCAUCGAAAAUGUAAAAGCCAAAAUCCAAGAUAAGGAAGGAAUUCCUCCAGACCAACAGCGUUUGAUCUUUGCUGGAAAACAGCUCGAAGAUGGUAGGACCCUUUCUGACUACAAUAUUCAGAAGGAAUCAACCCUACAUUUGGUGCUUAGACUGAGAGGUGGUAUGCAAAUUUUCGUCAAAACUUUAACAGGCAAAACUAUUACCUUGGAAGUAGAGCCAUCAGACACAAUUGAAAAUGUGAAAGCUAAAAUUCAGGACAAAGAAGGUAUUCCUCCAGACCAGCAACGUUUGAUCUUCGCCGGCAAACAACUAGAAGAUGGUAGAACUCUUUCUGACUACAACAUCCAGAAGGAGUCUACCCUCCAUUUGGUACUGAGAUUAAGAGGAGGUAUGCAAAUCUUUGUGAAAACUUUAACUGGAAAAACUAUCACCUUAGAAGUGGAACCAUCAGAUACUAUCGAAAACGUCAAAGCCAAAAUUCAAGACAAAGAAGGAAUACCUCCAGACCAGCAACGUUUGAUCUUCGCCGGCAAACAACUAGAAGAUGGUAGAACUCUUUCUGACUACAACAUCCAGAAGGAGUCUACCCUCCAUUUGGUACUGAGAUUAAGAGGAGGUAUGCAAAUCUUUGUGAAAACUUUAACUGGAAAAACUAUCACCUUAGAAGUAGAACCCUCAGAUACCAUUGAAAACGUCAAGGCUAAAAUCCAAGAUAAGGAAGGCAUUCCUCCAGACCAACAGCGUUUGAUCUUCGCCGGCAAGCAGUUGGAAGAUGGUAGAACCCUAUCAGACUACAACAUCCAGAAAGAGUCUACCCUUCACUUGGUACUCAGGUUAAGAGGAGGUAUGCAAAUUUUUGUAAAAACCUUAACUGGAAAAACAAUCACCCUAGAAGUCGAACCUUCUGAUACCAUUGAAAACGUCAAAGCCAAAAUUCAAGACAAGGAAGGAAUUCCUCCAGAUCAGCAACGUUUGAUCUUCGCCGGUAAACAACUGGAAGAUGGCAGAACUCUUUCAGACUACAACAUCCAGAAAGAGUCUACUCUUCACUUGGUACUCAGGUUAAGAGGAGGUAUGCAAAUCUUUGUAAAAACCUUGACUGGAAAAACAAUCACCCUAGAAGUAGAACCCUCUGAUACCAUUGAAAAUGUCAAAGCCAAAAUUCAAGACAAGGAAGGAAUUCCUCCAGAUCAGCAACGUUUGAUCUUCGCCGGUAAACAACUGGAAGAUGGCAGAACUCUUUCAGACUACAACAUCCAGAAAGAAUCUACCCUUCACUUGGUACUCAGGUUAAGAGGAGGUAUGCAAAUCUUUGUAAAAACCUUGACUGGCAAAACCAUCACUUUGGAAGUAGAAGCCUCUGAUACCAUUGAAAACGUCAAGGCUAAAAUCCAAGACAAAGAAGGUAUUCCACCAGACCAACAGCGUUUGAUCUUCGCCGGCAAACAACUAGAAGACGGUAGAACCCUUUCUGACUACAACAUCCAGAAGGAAUCUACCCUUCACUUGGUAUUGAGGUUGAGAGGUGGUAUGCAGAUCUUCGUAAAAACCUUGACAGGAAAGACCAUCACCUUGGAAGUGGAACCAUCCGACACCAUUGAAAAUGUUAAGGCUAAAAUUCAAGACAAAGAAGGAAUUCCUCCAGACCAGCAACGUCUGAUCUUCGCCGGCAAACAGUUGGAAGAUGGAAGAACCCUUUCCGACUACAGCAUCCAAAAGGAAUCUACCCUUCAUUUAGUAUUAAGGUUGAGAGGAGGAAACUGAACGAUAGAGAAAUUUAAUAUUCUUUUUAUAUUUUUUUAAAGGCUGAUUUAAGUUAAUAAAGAAUUUAUCCUGUGAA